AUGACAGCAGCAACUGGUGACCAAAAGAAACAAUACGUGCUUGUACCUAGUGAUGCUGGUUUUAUUGGUAGUCAUUGUGUUAUUGAAUUGAUUACAGCUGGUUAUGCACCAAUUAUAGUAGAUAAUGAACAUAAUUCAUCAGCAGAAUGUUUAAAAUGUGUUGAACAAAUUACUGAAUGUCAAACAAUUAAUUAUAAAAUUGAUUGUCUUGAUCUUGAAAAUUUACGAAAUAUUUUUAAAAAAUAUUUAAUUUAUGCAAUAAUCAAUUGUGCUGCACUUAAAUCAGUUGGUGAAUCAGUACAGAAACCAAUUUUAUAUUAUAAAAAUAAUAUUGGUUAUUUACUUAAUUUACUUACAUGUAUGGAAGAAUUUAAUGUUAAAAAUUUUCUUUUUUCAUCAUCAGCUACUGUCUAUGGUACACCAAAAUAUUUACCACUUGAUGAAAAACAUCCAUGUAUUGGUGAUACUAUUACAAGGGGGAAAAAGCGGAUUAUUUGGGAUUUUAAAUCCGAAAAAAUCCCAAAUAAUCCCAAAUAA